UUUGGUAUUCCGGUAUACGUUCGCUUCACGUAAUACGUUUCAUUGACGUUCCUCAAUACGGAUUUGUUUUUGAUAUGUCCACCGCUGCCCGACACAAAUCAUUCUGGCUACACCGUAGAGUUUUCUUUUAGCCGUUAAAAUAAAAUGUCGAAAAUGAGUUCAAAAGAUAAAGAUAACAAAACCUUACACGACAAAUUGAAACAAUUUUUUCGCAUUAAUAAAGGAACGUAUAAGAGUCGUGAGGAUUUUGCAUUAACAACUGACCUUGAAAAAGAAAUCAGCCCCGAAAGUCCUGUACAUCAUCGUACAAAAGCAAUCAAAGAUCUUUGUGAAGCAGUCCUUAAUCAGCAAUGGGAAGAUACAGCAGCCGAACGAUUAUGGUAUUUGGUACAAGAUCUUUUAGGAAAGGAUGUACUUCGUGAACAUAGACACGUGACAUUGAACUUCUUGCGAUGUCUUGUUCAAGGCCAAUAUUCUAAAUUAUCUUCUCUUAUGAGAGUGAAAUUCUUUAUGGUUGUUAAAGAACAUAAUAUUCCCGAAGAUAUUGGACUCAGAUUGGAACUCUUGCAAAGUUUAACAGAAAAUGGUAAAGAUAUAUUACAUUUGGAAGAUAGAAUGGGACCAUUCUUAUUAGAAUGGAUGCCUGUUGUAACAGCAGGAGAUGGGAAGAGAGGUGCCGAAUUUUUAUCUCUUCUUGUUAAUGUCAUAAAAUUCAAUUCUGCUUAUAUCGACGAUGAUAUUAUAUCAGGACUUGUUCAGUACAUUUGUCAUCUGUGUUAUUAUAGCAACAGCACCGAAGUAGUUUCUGGGUGUUUAAAAGCUCUAGAUGCAAUUGUUUGCUAUAAUAACUUACACUCGGACUCAUUGCAAACCUUUAUUAUAGCUUUAUGCGGAAGUGUGAAUGUUGAAACGUAUUGCCAAAUAAGUUGGAAGAUAAUGCGUAAUCUAUUAGGAACGCAUAUGGGUCAUUCUGCACUGUAUACAAUGUGUCGUUUGUUACAAGAUGCUAAUUUUCAGCGAGAUGUACGUUUACUCAGGGGUGCAGUGUUCUAUGUAAAUAUGGGUCUUUGGGGUACGCAUAAAAUUCCAAAACUGGAAUGCACUCCAACAUCUGUUUUACCUUCGUUUUAUCAAGCUUUAAAAUGCAAUCACCCAAUUGUUAUGUACGAAGUAACACUAUCAAUUCAAAGAUUAGUGACUAAAUAUGGUGCUGAGUUAUGGGAUCCUACGUGGAGCAUUAUUCUUGAUAUUAUUGAAGAAGUUAUUUCUCAUACAGAAACCAGUAAUCAGCCUGCAACCAGGCAAGUUUCAGUGAGUUUACACGAAACUAUAAAUAGCAUUGAGAAUUUAUUGGAUAAUAACCAUUAUAACGGUUGUGUCCAACGGUUUUACGAUCUCGUUGAACGCUGCAGAGAUAAGCGACCUGAAGUAUCUGUUUUGAAAUUAAUUGAAUAUAGAGCACGUACUAUAGGGCCUACUCAUUACCAGUGGCAGUCGAAAUUAGCCAACUUAAUGGAACAUUAUUACAAAUUGGAAACACGUACUAAUGUCAGAAUGAAAGUUCUCGAAGUAUUGACAAAUGUUAUUGAGGUUAAUAGGUCUAGAUACGAAGAUGAAUUGAUUGAAAGAAUAGUCGUGCCAUACUUUCAACAUGUGGAUGCAGAUUCAGAUAUUACAAUUCGUAAUGGUGUUGCACAUCUGCUCGUCGAUCUUUGUCUUGAGUGCGAUACGAAACGAUGUCUGGAACUUUUGGAUGUAUUAGAGAAGCUGAUUAACAAGCCGUUCUGUUCGGACAUUCCAAUCACAAAAGAUACCGACAUCAAAGAUGUGAAAACUGCAGUUGUCGGUGUAAUCAAGAUAUUAACAUUAAAAAUUUAUACUUUACCAUCGAGCCAUGCAAUUCGUGCUUACAAGGUUUUAGUGUACCAUCUCGAACAGCAUUAUAAAGAUCCAACUGUCUUCCACGAUGUUUCGACUAUUCGGUAUCUGAUUUUCGAGUGUUUCUUGAAAAUCAGAGCCAACACGCUAUAUCAUCUUGGAUUCCCGGAUACACAGAAUGCAUCGAUGACACGGUUCAGUCCGUAUUUAGUUUUGGAACAUGCCGCGACUGAACGAAUGAACAGUGGAGGUGGUGGAAAUAGUCCUCCGCCAGCAAGUCCAGCUCCAUCACAUUUAUCCUGUCAGAUCACUCACAUGUCGUUGGCACAUGCAUGUAAAGCUGUUAUUUCCUGCAUCAAAUCAGAGAAAGAUUGGAAGGUCUUACAACUUGUUUUAAAAGAGUUGCCUCAAGUAAUGCAAAAUAGAGCCUUGGUACUGUCACGACACACGAAUGAUAUUGACUGUUUCGCUGCGGCACUUUGUUCGAUGGUCAGCGAUAAGAACUUACGACUUCCAGAAUCUUUAUACAAUGUUCCUCCUAAAUUCACUCAAUCGGAGUUUCGAGUUCACAUUUUUCCAGUAUUAGCGUCGCUAGCUUCGUAUCAUGCGCAUCUGGAACCUAAUUUGCAGCAACGUUUGAUCAAAUGUUUAGAGGUUGGUUUAACUGCGAAAUGCGCGAGUCAGUGUGUUACUAGUCUCACAACUUGUAUAUUAGAAAUGCGUGAUGCGAUGAACAAACUUCUAUCGGAAGUACUCCUGAAUUUGUCGAAAAUUUCAGCAACAGUACACAUUGCUAUACCAAUUUUAGAAUUUUUAUCCACUCUUAGUAGGCUUCCAAAAGUUUUCGCGAGUUUCAUUGGAGAUCAAUACAUGUCGGUUUUUGCUAUUCUAUUACCGUAUACAAAUCCAUUCAAAUAUGACCACUACACAGUAUCCUUGGCGCAUCAUGUAAUUGCUGUAUGGUUUUUAAAAUGUCGAUUACCAUUUCGAAGAGACUUUGUUCGGUUUAUCACUACGGGCUUGAAGGCGAAUGUAAUAAUCCCUUUCGAAGAAGGGCAUCUGAUGAAGUCAGAUUUUAACUUCUUGAACGAAGACUCGUCGAGUAGGAAACGUAGCUCAAGUUUAACAGAACAGGGCAGUAGAGGUCGAAGGGAAAGACCAAUGAUGUCUAAUCGUAUGAUAGGUGAUAGUAAAUUAUCCGAUCUGAAACCUCCAAUUGACGAAGCUUUAAUGACCUUUCAUGUGGAACUUACUGAAACUUGUAUCGAUUUGAUGGCUCGAUAUACAUUUUCAACAUAUUCAGCACGGCCUAAAAGACUUUCAACCGCUGACUUUCUUCUUAAAGAAGGCCAAUCAAUGACGUGGUUACUUGGAAACAAACUGAUCACUGUAACGACAAGCGGUUGCAGCAAUAAGGCAAUGCGCGGAGGACUUUGUGAUAAUUGUUGGGUUGCUUGUAAACCUGGUCCUCAAUCGCCUGAACAUGCAAGAACGUCUCAACUGAAUUUACGAAGGGCGUCAAGUACAGAGACAUCGAAAGAAGACAAAUUGUCCAGGCAGUCUUCCGGAGGACAUGGAAGCUCUACUGGAAACACAGCUGCAAAUUCUCCAACUGAGGAAUUGAAGAAAGCGUCGGACGAUUUAGAAGCGGCAAAAAGAGAUUACUCGGCGGAGAAGACGGACAAAGAACAAGUCGAAACAUCGAAAUUAGAACAAAUACUCAACAGCGAGAAACAAGAAGAACAUGUGCUUUGUGCUUGCUGGUGUCAAGGCUGGGCUGAAAUAUAUGUACGCAGACCUACGGGUGACAUGUCUUGGAUAAUGAGAAUCCAGAAUUCGAUGCAAUUCGAAACGCAUGUAGACUUUCCCGUGUACGACAUAAUGGCGCUGUACAGACCGAACCAGGAUUUGUUGCAAAAACAACAAGAAUCUACGUCGGAAUAUUCUGGAGACGAAGGAGAGAUUUUGCAGGAUACUACGGAUAAAAAUUCAGAUCAAGCACAAACUGAAUGCAAUAGCGUGGUGAAAUCUGUAACAUCGUCUUCUGUAUCGUCGGGUCCAAUUGCGAUACCGGGUUCACCGGCUCGACCGAAUCCUUCCAGGCAAAGUUCCCGUGACAGUUUAGAAAGUUUAGAGGACGGCGACGAUGAUUUACGCCGUUCGCGGAAUCCAGUACGCAGAUCAAAUUCUAGUCCCGAAAUGAGUGCCAAUUGGAAAAAUCCAUUCUUAAAUAAGGAUAAGCUAAACUUACAACAAAUAGACAGGGAACUGUCAUCUGGAGAUUUGGAAGUUAAACUUGAUACCGAACAGAAAAACCGCGCGAAAAAUACUUAUGCGAAGGAUAUGAGGGUCAGUUGCGAAGCUAUACCAGAAGAAAUAUUUGGCAUGGGUACAACACCACCAUCUUGUGAGAACUCUACGGAUCAUCCUUCUGCAUUGAGGUCGCAACAUUCUUACCCAGGAGCGACUCAAGUGACUCAAGUCAUUACGACAACAAGCAAUACUGUUCCGCCAUCACCGACUACUCUGCAGGUACAGGGAAACUUUUUAGGAGUACAAGCGCGUACGGCACAAAUACAAUCAUCCACCACAAAGCCCCCACAAUCACCCACGCAAAUUUAUCCUCGGUUAUCUAAUCUUGAGUCUGGCCAAAAACAGACAGCAUUAGGAUCAGAAAAUAAACCGCCUAUUGGACGAAAUCACCUUGGGGACAAAAAAGAUGAACGACCAGACCCGUCCAUGUUACCCCCAUUACCAUUACCGUUCCGUGACAGGGGUCAUACUAUUUCUGUGAUGAGUCCUGUAAAAAAAUCUCGGGCAGAAUGGGAUAACAUCCGCAGAGGAAAUUCGCCACGAGUAAAAGAUCCUCCCAAGGCUGGUAUCAAUCCUAGUUUCGUGUUUUUACAACUCUAUCAUACGGCGCAUUUUGGCUCACCCUCGGAAAAACCAUUGUUAGUUCCACAAACGACAGCUGUGCAGAGGGCAGUAACGAAUUUAGAUAGGAUACAACCAUAUGAAACCCACAAGAUUGGUGUCCUUUAUGUCGGUCCAGGGCAAGCUUCUAACGAGACCGAGAUUUUGGCUAAUCAGCAUGGGUCUCUGCGAUAUACAGAAUUUUUACAACGAUUAGGAACAUUGGUCCGAUUGAAAGACCUCGAUGAAAGUGUGUUUCUAGGAGGCUUAGAUCGGAAUGGUGAAAAUGGAAACUUCGCAUACAUCUGGCAGGAUGACGUUACACAGGUAGCGUUUCACGUGGCUACUUUAAUGCCAACCAAAACGAGUGACCCAAAGUGUACCUCCAAAAAGCUACAUAUUGGAAAUAAUUAUGUUACUGUAGUAUAUAAUGAAUCCGGAGAGCCAUAUAAUAUACAAACUGUAAAGGGACAAUUUAAUUAUGCGUGUGUUGUGAUUCAGCCCUUGGAUCAUGGCACUAAUCAAGUUACAGUUCAAGUGAAAGAAGAAUUAGCAAAACACAUUCGACACAGUGAACCAAAAAUAAUUUCUGAUCAAAAUUUAGCAAUUUUAUCUCGCCAGCUUGCACUCCAUGCGAAUCUUGCUUCAAUGGUUUCGCCAUCUUUAGAACAGAAUAGUCAUAAUCCAUAUGCCUCUAAUUGGCUGGAGCGUUUGCGACGUAUAAAGCGGCUCCGAAAUCGCGUGUUACAAGAAACGAUAAACAAUAAUCCGGAUGGAACAACCGACGAUUUAUCGCCGAGAUCGAAUAAACGCAUUUAUAUGGAUGAUUUUACUGAGUAUACAACAUGACUUGAUUCUAAUAAACAGAUUACAUAAAUGUCGUUAUUAAUGUAAUUCGUACUUGCA